AUGUUUAGGAAUAUUUAUUCCGGUUUGAAAAGAGUUGGAAUUAGCAGGCUGCUGUCUGCUUAUAUAUCUUCUUGGUUAAAUCAUAUCUUGCAGCUCCAAAAAAAAAUGAUUUUGAAAUGUUUUUGUUUUGUCUCCCGAGAAGAAGAACCAAAGAUCAGGUAUGGUACACCAAGUUUUAUGGCACAUAAUAAUAAUAGUAGUAGUAGUAGGGAAUAUCCAUGGGAAAUCUACACUCUCAAGGAGAUCCUUCAUGCCACCAACAACUUUCAUGAUGAUAACAAGAUUGGAGAAGGUGGAUUCGGAAGUGUAUACUGGGGUCGGACAAGUACUGGCAUUGAGAUAGCAGUUAAAAGGCUGAAGGCGAUGAGCGCGAAGGCGGAGAUGGAAUUCGCAGUGGAAGUUGAGAUACUUGGAAGGGUGAGGCAUAAGAACUUGUUAAGUUUGAGAGGAUUUUAUGCAGGUGGAGAUGAAAGGCUAAUAGUCUACGAUUACAUGCCUAACCAUAGCUUGAUUGCCCAUCUACAUGGCCAGCUCGCCGUCGAUUGCUUACUAGAUUGGCACCGAAGAAUGAACAUAGUUAUCGGAUCAGCCGAGGGAUUAGCGUACUUGCACCACGAGGCCAAUCCUCAUAUAAUACACAGGGACAUAAAGGCAAGUAAUGUUCUUUUAGAUACAGAAUUUCAAGCAAAAGUAGCAGAUUUUGGUUUUGCAAAGUUGAUUCCAAAUGGGGUUACUCACAUGACCACCAGGGUGAAGGGAACCCUAGGAUACUUGGCUCCAGAAUACGCUAUGUGGGGAAAAGUUUCGGAGAGUUGUGAUGUUUAUAGCUUCGGAAUUUUACUCUUAGAGAUCAUCAGUGCCAAAAAACCAUUAGAGAAGCUCCCUGGAGGGGUUAAGCGUGAUAUUGUUCAAUGGGUCACCCCAUUUGUCCAAAAGGGUGCAUUUGAUAGUAUUGCUGACCCUAGGUUGAAGGGAAGAUAUGAUCGAGCACAACUUCAGGCAGCAACCAUGAUUGCCAUGCGGUGCACCGAUAGCAAUCCGGAGAAUCGGCCGAGGAUGAUGAAGGUGGUGGAAUGGCUCAAUGGUGCUCUAGGGAGGACGAAGGAGAUAUCGGACGUGGAAGACAUGGUUGAUGAAGAUGAAGAUGAAGACUAUAAUCAUCUGGAUGAUGAUGACACUGAUUAUGAUGGGUAUGAUGGGGUGGAAAAAUUCAAAGAGAGAAGGACAUGA